AAGUGGUUGGCUGUGAAGGCGUCAAACAGAAUGGAAGAAGGCUUGCGGUUAGUCAGAACCAGAGCCAUGGCAGCGCCGAUAAAAGCGCUCCCAGGCAGAACAAACUCAAACCUGAAGUGACAACUGAAAUGGUACACUCCUCCAGCAUAAUGGUUUCAAACAAGGCUUCAAUCUUAUCAGAACCAAAGUUUGGACUAAGAGAUACUAUUGUUAAAUCUCAACUUGUACAAAUGGAGGAUUCCUACACACACAUCCAGAGCUUCAGAUUUUUUGUUGGGACAUAUAACGUGAACGGUCAGUCCCCCAGAGAAAGCCUCCAACCUUGGCUGAGAUGUGAUGCUGAGCCUCCAGACAUUUACUGCGUGGGUUUCCAGGAGCUUGAUCUGAGUAAAGAAGCCUUCUUUUUCAAUGACACACCGAAGGAAGAAGAAUGGUUUAAAGCUGUAACUGAUAGUCUUCACCCAGAUGCCAAAUAUGCAAAGGUGAAACUUGUGCGGCUCGUGGGAAUCAUGCUUCUGUUGUAUGUGAAAGCAGACCUUGCUUUGAACAUCUCCGAGGUGGAAAUUGAGACUGUGGGAACUGGAAUCAUGGGGAGGAUGGGUAAUAAAGGUGGUGUUGCCAUAAGGUUUAAAUUCCAUAACACUAGUGUGUGCAUUGUGAAUUCUCACCUUGCGGCUCACGCAGAGGAAUAUGAGCGGAGGAACCAGGACUUCAAAGACAUCUGCUCUCGGAUGCAAUUCUGCCAAUCAGAUCCAAAUUUGCCUCCUCUCACUAUUGGCAAACAUGAUGUGAUCUUAUGGUUGGGUGACCUGAACUAUCGGCUGGAGGAACUGGAUGUGGGAACAGUGAAGCAGCUUGUAGAUGAGAAAGCAUUUCUAGACCUUUGCCAAUAUGACCAGCUGAAGAGGCAAAUGAAUGCAAAUGCAGUCUUUGAAGGCUUUACAGAGGGAGAGAUUUCCUUCCAGCCAACAUACAAAUAUGAUGCUGGCUGUGAUGACUGGGACACAAGUGAGAAGUGUCGUGUUCCAGCAUGGUGUGAUCGGAUACUCUGGAAAGGGCAGAACAUUGCUCAGCUGAGCUAUCGCAGCCAUAUGGCUUUGAAGAUCAGUGAUCAUAAGCCAGUUAGCUCUGUGUUUGAUAUUGGGGUGAAGGUUGUGAAUGAGGAGCUCUACCGAAAAGCCUUUGAGGAAAUAGUCCGCUCCCUGGAUAAGCUGGAGAAUGCCAACAUUCCCUCAGUGACCCUCUCCCAGAGAGAGUUCCAUUUUGAGGAUGUUAAAUACAUGCAGCUGCAGAUAGAAAAGUUUACAAUCCGCAACGGACCAGUGCCCUGCCAGUUCGAAUUUAUCAGCAAACCAGAUGAGGAAACCUACUGCAAGGAGUGGCUGAUUGCUAAUCCCAGUAAGGGCUUUCUGCUAUCAGACGCUGAGAUCACAAUUGAGUUGGAAGUGUUUGUUAAUAAAUCAACAGCUACACACUUAAACUCUGGAGAGGAGAAACUUGAAGAUAUCUUGGUCUUGCAUCUUAACAGGGGGAAGGACUAUUUUCUAUCUGUAACAGGCAACUACUUGCCAAGUUGCUUUGGGUCUCCCCUUCAUACACUGUGUUACAUGAGGGAACCGAUCCAGGACAUGUCAGUAGAAUCCAUUCAGAAACUUACCCUCAUGCCAGUAGAAAUGUGUGAUGAAGUUGUUCAAGCUGAAAAGCCUAUGGACAUUCCAAAAGAGCUGUGGAUGAUGGUGGAUCACUUGUACCGCAAUGCUUCCCAGCAGGAGGACCUGUUUCAGCAGCCAGGCCUCAGAUCUGAAUUUGAGCAAAUCCGGGAUUGUCUGGACAAAGGAAUGCACGAUACCCUCUUUGGCAGCAACCACUCUGUAGCAGAAGCCCUGCUGCUCUUCCUGGAAAGCCUGCCGGAGCCUGUCAUCUGCUACAGAUUCUACAGCAGCUGUUUGGAGAGUGCCAGCAACUACCUGCUGAGCAGCCAGAUUAUCUCUAACCUGCCAGGGUGCCAUAAAAAUGUAUUUGAAUAUUUAAUGGCAUUUCUACGAGAACUACUGAAAAAUUCAGGGAAAAACCAUUUGGAUGUGAAUAUUCUUGCUAGUAUAUUCGGUGGCUUGUUACUUCGACCUCCUCCUGGACAUCCUACACCUGAUAUAACUGAAAAGAGGAAAGCUCAGCAGUUUAUCCAUCAGUUCCUCUUGAGAGAAGACAAUUUAUCAUGAAUUUCAGAUGCAGCUAAUCUGAUUUUUUUAUCAAAAUACUGUAAAAAAAACUUUUUUGUACAGUAUACUGGCUUUUUUGGAUAUCAUAGUAUUUUAUACAAUCUAUUGCUUUGAAGGCACAGAUCAGGCAGUUUGAAUCAGGUUUCGCUCUUUAAGCUGUAAAAUAUAUCAAAUUUCUAAAUAAGCUGUGUGUAAACAAGCAAAAAUACGAAAGCUGAUAUUUACACUGUAUUUUAUUUAACUUGUAUUAAAACUCAGAAUUUUUAAGUCCUUGUUAUUUAAAUAAAAAGAUCUGUGCAUUUUUCCA